AUGCGGAUUUUCGGGAUGAAGAGGCGGCCGACCUCCGGUAAAAAGAGGUCUUCAACAAUUUUUUCUCAUGAGGAAUCGUUGUUGGUUGAUGCAGUUCUUACUGUGCGAUGGAUCCAAGCUUGUUCUACUGGUGACUUGCAAACCGUUGGUAAGCUGGUAAAAGAAAAGCCUUAUCUGAUCUCAUGUGCACCAACAAUAAAUCAUGGCUUUAGUGGAUUACAUUAUGCUGCUAAGGAUGGCCACAGUUCUGUGCUGCGAUUUUUAGUUAUGAAUGGUGCUGAUGUCAAUCUUCGAACUAGUGGUUAUACGCCCCUCCACCUUGCUGCCAUCGGUAAACAGCACGAAAUCAUUUCCAUUUUACUACGAGAUUGUGGUGCGGAUGCAUCAAUUGAGGAUUAUUCCGGACAUACUUAUCAGCAUUAUUUAAUAGAAGAACAAGGAAGUGCUUAUAAGCGAAUCAAAAAUGAAAAUCUAAUUCGUAGCAAUAAAUAUGAACCACAACAAAAUGAUGCAACAUCAAGCGAAGUGACACAAUUCCCACGUUUAAAAUCCUUCAGGAAAGCAGUUCAUGGGCGAAUGCGUUUCUUUGCUGGUUAUUUUCUAGUAUUUUAA